AUGUCUCUAAGAAUGCGAGACUAUCGUGUUGUCGCUGCUCGAAACCAGACCGAGAGAAAUAACAAGAUUCCUCCACAGUGGCUGAUCGACUCAGCGCUACGCAAUGCCACGAGCGUUCUACAUUUUCCCGUCACCUACGGCGUUCUGAAUGAUGUCGAACGCGACAUCACCUCAAAGUUCGAUGCCACGACGCUUCUCAAGAAGCUCAAGGAGGGAACCUGGUCUGCUGAGCAAGUCACUACAGCCUUUUGCAAGAGGGCUGCUAUUGCUCAACAGCUAGUCAGUCACCUGGCUGGGCUUCCUGGGAUGGUUACUAACCUUCUGAACUUCGACAUCCCUGGCCAUGACUCUUCGACUGGAUUGGCCUGCUACGUUGGAGAGCCUGCAGAAGAGAACAGCUCUCUUACUGCCAUGCUACUCGACCUAGGCGCUGUUAUUUACUGCAAGACAAACGUUUCACAAUUGACCAUACCUGCCGAUAGCGACAACAACGUCUUUGGCAAGACACUAAACCCUCGCAACCCUACCUUGACUGCUGGUGGCAGCACCGGCGGCGAAGGCGUCCUCAUUACCCUACGCGGGAGUAUACUCGACGUCGGUACUGACAUUGGUGGGAGCAUACGUGUUACAGCACUUUGCAACGGUAUCUACGGCUUCAGAAUAAGUGUUGGACUGAUACCUCACGAUGGAGUUCGCAACCUUACAGUACCAGGUGCUGACGGAGUACGCUCUUCCGUAGGGCCUACGGCAACCUCAAUCCGGGAUUGCGCGCUGUUUUUGAGGACUGUCAUGGAGUCAGAGACAUGGAGAUACGACAGUACAAUCAUCUCGCUGCCAUGGCGGAAUCUACCAGUCAAAAAGAAGCUCUGCAUUGGCCUGGUUGAGGACGAUGGCGUCUAUACGCCGUCACCACCUGUUCGACGUGGCCUCAAGAAGGCUGCUGACCUUCUUCGUAACAACAGUGAAAUUGAGCUUGUUCCUAUCACUUUGCCAAACACCAAGGAAUACUACAAUGCUCUACUCCGCACUAUCGCGAACAGCUCGCCAGGACUGGAGAGCCAGAGGUACCCUCACUGA